AUGCCACCAAAGCAAGACUGGGAGAAAUACAAGGCUCCAGUGGAGGAAAACGAGUCUCCAGAAGAUGAGAAGAAAGUUGUGCCACUUUCAGAAGGGGAUAUCGAGGUGUUGAAGACGUAUGGAGCGGCCCCCUACGCCAAGAAGCUCAAGUCGAUCGAGAACGACUUGAAGGAGAUCGAGAAGAAGAUCAAGGAGAAGGCUGGUGUGAAGGAGAGCGACACAGGGCUUGCGCCAUCGCAUUUGUGGGAUAUUGUUGGGGACAGACAGCGGUUGAGCGAGGAGCAGCCGCUCCAGGUGGCCCGGUGCACGAAGAUUAUCAAGGCCGAGAAGCCCCAGGGGACAGCUACCGGAGGUAGUGCCCCAGGGAACAAUAGCAGCAGCAGCAGCUCCGCCGCUGCUGCUGCUGCUUCCGCUCCAGAAGACGACGACGAAGACGACUCGAAAUACGUGAUUAACCUCAAGCAGAUCGCCAAGUUCGUGGUGGGACUUGGCGAGCGUGUCUCGCCCACAGAUAUCGAGGAAGGUAUGCGUGUUGGUGUCGACAGGUCGAAGUACCAGAUCGAGCUUCCGCUCCCACCCAGAAUCGACCCCAGCGUGACGAUGAUGACGGUGGAAGAAAAACCAGACGUGACGUACUCGGAUGUUGGAGGGUGCAAGGAGCAGAUCGAGAAGCUCAGGGAAGUCGUGGAGCUCCCACUUUUAUCGCCAGAGAGAUUCGCAACGUUGGGGAUCGACCCUCCAAAGGGUAUUCUUCUUUACGGACCUCCCGGUACCGGUAAGACGCUUUGCGCGCGUGCAGUUGCGAACAGAACGGAUGCGACUUUCAUCAGGGUCAUUGGGUCCGAGUUGGUGCAAAAGUACGUGGGUGAAGGUGCGCGUAUGGUGCGAGAAUUGUUCGAAAUGGCGCGUACCAAGAAGGCAUGUAUCAUUUUCUUUGACGAAGUGGACGCCAUUGGUGGGGCCCGUUUCGACGACGGUGCCGGAGGAGACAACGAAGUGCAAAGAACGAUGUUGGAGCUUAUCACGCAGCUCGACGGGUUCGACCCCAGAGGUAACAUCAAGGUGAUGUUUGCCACGAACAGACCAAACACGCUAGACCCUGCGUUGCUAAGGCCGGGCAGAAUCGACCGUAAGGUCGAGUUCUCGCUCCCGGACCUCGAGGGAAGAGCCAACAUUUUCCGUAUUCACACCAAAUCGAUGAGCGUUGAGCGUGGAAUUAGAUGGGAGUUGAUCUCGAGACUUUGUCCGAACUCGACCGGUGCUGAGUUGCGGUCCGUGUGCACGGAAGCCGGUAUGUUUGCCAUCAGGGCCAGAAGGAAAGUGGCCACGGAAAAGGACUUUUUGCAGGCCGUCGAGAAAGUCAUCAACGGCUACAAGAAGUUCUCCUCGACUUCACGUUACAUGCAGUAUAAUUAG